UCCGAUGUUCGUGUGUAUUGAAAGUAGCAUGCAUCUUAUAAUAGCCUCUCCUGUAUACGCUUUGCAAUAAAGUGAGAUUGAAACGGGAGGGAGGUAAAUCCCGAGUCCCGACACCGAGAUACCAGAAGAGAGGACCGAGGACGUUGUCCACUUGUCCCCACCCCAUAUUAAAUAAAGAAAACUUAGAAAGUUCCUUCCCUUCUAUUUGGCUAACGUUAACGUUGCAAGUUCCUUCCCUUUUAACGUCAACAGCUGCCAGUUCACCGAAAGGGUGUAUAUAUUAGAGAGAGAGAGAACCCCCUAAGAAUUAAGAAUGAAAUGUCCAUGUCGGUAGAAAGAGAUGCUACAGAGGCCAAGUUCCCUCCAGGACCUCAAGGUACUAUUCCGUUCAUCUCACUUGUGUCACAGGUACCUUUCAUCAAACACGUACUUCCCAUGCAAACCCAUAAUGACUACCACCGCAACAAGAAGCACCGCUUUUGAAUCCGGAUGCUUAUAUAGUCAUCUUCUACAUUCUUGUAACACUCUCAACUCACUUAAACAGAUUCACUCAUCUCUAUCCACAACCGGUUUAAUCAAGCAAAACCCCCAUUUGAGUGCCCAGAUCAUAAUCAAAUACUCCAAAUUCGGGGACCCGGGUAGCGCCAGGUCCCUGUUUGAUGUGAUUCGUGGAUCCAAUUCCUUCCUUUGGAACACGAUGAUCCGAGCCUAUGCACUUGGUAACCACUCCAUAGAAACAAUUGAACUGUAUUUGCUUAUGCGCAAGACAGGCGUUGGACCUAACAACUACACGUUCCCCUUUGUUCUCAAUGCAUACGCUUCGAGAUCGUCGCUGUUUGAAGGGAAGAUGGUUCAUGGCGAUGUUAUAAGAACCGGGUUUGAGUCGGAUAUGUUUGUGGAGGCUGCUCUUGUUGACAUGUAUGCUAAGUGCGGGGAUACGGAUGAUGGAUGGAGGGUUUUUGACAAAAUGUCAAAGAGGGACCUUGUCUCCUGGACUGCCAUGAUUACGGCGUAUGAGCAGUCUGAGAAGGCUGAAGAGUCGUUGGUGUUGUUCCAAAAGAUGCAGCAAGAGGGUUUUCUUGCAGAUUCGGUUGCAAUGGUCAGUGUCGCCUCGGCAGUUUCUCAGCUUGGAGAUGUCAGGAGGGCUCAAUCAGUUCAUGGGUAUAUAAUUCGGAAUGGAUUUCUUGAAGAUGUGUUUGUUGGGAACUCAAUCAUAGCCAUGUAUGCAAAAUGUGGCAAUGUUGAAGGAGCACGUCUUAUUUUCGAUCUAAUGAAGGAAAGAGACGGUAUCUCCUGGAAUUCUAUGUUAUCAGGUUAUACUCAAAAUGGUCAAGCAAGUGAAGCUCUUCUGCUUUUUGAUCAAAUGCAGGUCUUGGGAGUUAAACCCAGUCCAGUUACUGCAUUGAUUGUGGUUUCUUCCUGUGCAUACUUGGGGUCUCUUCACCUUGGAAAGAAAAUACACGGUUUCAUCAUCAAUAGUAAAAUGGGAGUUGAUAUAACAUUAUGGAAUGCGAUAAUAGACAUGUAUGCAAAGUGUGGAGAUUUGGAUUCAGCCAUUCAGAUGUUCAACAACAGCCCACAAGGUGAACGAAAUGUUAUUUCUUGGAAUGUGAUGAUCACAGCUUACGGUGUUCAUGGCUGUGGACAAGAAGCACUUAAACUAUAUUCACAGAUGCAAGAACAAGGCAUAGAGCCAAACCACAUCACUUUCACUUCCAUUCUGUCUGCAUGUAGCCAUAAUGGACUUGUUAGCGAGGGUAGGAAGAUUUUUGAGGAUAUGAGAAAGCUCUCCGUGAAGCAUGAGGUGAAACACUAUGCAUGCAUGGUUGAUAUGCUUGGCAGAGCUGGAUUUCUGGAUGAAGCUCUUGAUUUGAUUAUGGAAAUGCCAUCAGAACCUAGUGAUGAGGUAUGGGGAGCCUUGCUUUUGGCUUGUAGAAUUCAUGGGAAAACUGAGUUGGGGGAAUUUGCAGCUAAGAAUCUGUUUCACCUUGAGCCUGAUCAUACUGGAUAUUAUGUGUUGAUGUCAAAUAUAUAUGCUGCAUCAAGCAGAUGGCAAGACGUUGGGAAGCUGAGGCAAGAUAUGAAAAGCAAGGGACUAAAGAAACCCGCAGCCUUAAGUGUAAUCGAGUUUGGUGGAGUAGUUCAUGGUUUCCACACUGCAGAUAAUUCUCAUCCACAAUGUAGAGAAGUUUACAGAAAGGUAGAGAAAAUGGUGGUCGAGAUGAAGAUGGCAGGCUAUGUGCCAGACAUAUCCUGCGUUCUGCAUGAUAUGGAAGAGGAAGACAAGGAACAUAUCCUCAACUACCACAGUGAGAAACUUGCUGUGGUUUUUGGAAUUAUGAAAAUUGAACAUGGCAUGCCGAUACAGGUAACCAAAAACCUUAGAAUCUGCAAUGAUUGUCAUUCAGCAUUCAAACUAAUUUCGUAUAUUUAUCAAAGGAAGAUUGUUGUGAGAGAUGCAAACAGAUUCCAUCACUUUGAAGGUGGAUCUUGCUCAUGCAAAGAUUACUGGUAAAACUGCUUCUAAUUGACAGACUGCGUCUUGAUGAUUGCUGGAUGAGAAGAAAUUAAUUAUCGCUAAGAAACCUGCAGCGGACUGGUUAGCCAAUUUAAGUCAUCUAAACAAUUUCGGUUCUCAUAAUGAAGUGCUGUGGAUGAUUGUAGCCUGUGAUGUGUGGGGGAGAUCUACCCGUCGGCUUGUUUUAAGUCUUAGGUUAUUUUCUCUAUCUAGCAAAAAGAAGAAGAAGAAGAAGAAGAAGAAGAAGAAGAAGAAAUUUUCUGCAAUACAAAGCCGUGCUCUUGAGUUGGUAGGGUCUGCUAACCGACUCCAACAGGUUGACAACUUGACAUACAGAGCACAAUGUCUCUACUCCAUUAAAUGGUUAGGGGGCUUCAGAACAAGGAGAUAUCUAUCAUCCACCUGGGAAAGGUGGUAUUUCAUUCAGAAGCCUUCCAAACCUAUGGCUGAUAUUACCAAGUCUGAAAAUGCAAACACGAAGGCAGAUGAGUGAUCUUCACAAUAAAGGAAUUCUUUUAUGAAAAUAGAUGCCAUGAGAAGUAAAUACCAACGUUCUGAUGAUGUUCCUGGGAAGAUAAAACCACAUAGCUGCGUUAUUUGCACUCUUUCAGUGCCAAAUGGAUUUUUCUCUAAUGAUUCCCUUCA